AUGGCGGAAUACAUCUGGAUAGACGGCAGCAAUGGUGUGCGCUCCAAGACCAAGACCGUUAGCAAAGCCGUCAAAAGCGUCGAUGAACUUCCAGAAUGGAAUUUCGAUGGAUCAUCGACAGGACAAGCGCCCGGCGACAAUUCGGAUGUCUAUAUUCGACCUGUUGCUAUGUUCCCCGAUCCUCUCCGUCUUGGCGACAAUAUCUUGGUUCUAUGCGAGACCUGGGAUCCAGAUGGAACGCCAAACAAGUUCAACUACCGCCAUGAAGCCGCACGAUUAAUGGAAGCGAAUGCGGAGCACGAGAUCUGGUUUGGUCUUGAGCAAGAAUACACCCUUCUCGGAGCUGAAGGCUGGCCUUACGGUUGGCCAGCGGGAAGAGGUUAUCCCGGUCCUCAAGGCCCGUAUUACUGUGGUGUUGGAACUGGUAAGGUCUUCUGCCGUGAUAUCGUUGAGGCCCAUUACAAGGCUUGCCUUUAUUCCGGCAUCAAAAUCUCCGGUAUCAAUGCGGAGGUUAUGCCUGCUCAGUGGGAAUACCAAGUGGGACCAUGCGUUGGCAUUGAACUUGGUGACCACCUUUGGAUGUCUCGGUUUCUUCUCCACCGUAUCGCCGAAGAAUUCGGCGCAAAGGUCACCUUCGCUCCAAAACCCAUCCCAGGCGACUGGAACGGCGCUGGUCUACAUACCAAUGUCUCAUCAAAAGAGAUGCGGGAAGAGGGUGGCAUGAAACACAUCGAAGCAGCCAUGAAGAAACUCGAACCCCGUCAAGUCGAACACAUUAAAGUCUAUGGCGAGGGCAACGCCGAUCGUCUGACUGGGAAACAUGAAACCGGCAACAUCGAUAAAUUCACCUGGGGUGUCGCCGACCGUGGUGCCAGUGUACGAAUCCCAAGAUCCUGCGCCAGAGAAGGAAAGGGUUAUUUUGAAGACCGAAGACCGGCUUCCAAUGCUGAUCCCUACCAAAUUACCGGUAUCAUCGUUGAAACCAUCUACGGUGGUCUUCCUCCGGAGCAAUAG